GUUGUAGGGGGCGGUAGUGUCGCUCGAUAUACAGUUUGGCGGGAACGAAUAAUUCGAACUCUUGUAUUUUUUUUCUGUAAAAAAUAAAAGAAAACGCUAUUUUAAUAGACUUCAACAUGUGUGACGAUUUUCAAAAAAAAUUCUAGUUUCAAAGUGGCUUAGUUAAAACUUUGAUAUUUAAUUAUUCAUGAGGAUUUACGGAACUCGUCAAAAAUGAACUUCGUUUGGAUAUUCGUGUUAUCAUCUCUCUGGCACACGGUUGUAGCUAUAACCAUCAACUUCAUCGCAUCGAAAACGCAACAAGACCACACUCUUCUCUUCAAACAAUAUUACAGGGAACCCACAUCCUUCCCCGGGGCGGGGAUUAGUGAUAAGAUCCCGGUUGACAAGCGGGAUUAUGGUAUACAUUUUCAGAGUGUAGAGUCUGAAACAUUGCACAAUUCUAGAAAAUCUAGGUCGAACGAACAUAAGAAGACCAGAAGAAAAUAUGAUAUGAACCAGUCAUUUCAGUCCGUUGCAUUUGGUGCAAGAUUCAGAAGAGAUCUAAGUUCCGGAAACGUUAUGAUAACUCAGCAUUUCAAUGACAAAGUCGUAUCACCGGGUGAAGAUAUAAGUCUACAGUGUACAGCAACUUCGGAUCGGCCACCACGGUUUAUUUGGGAGCGAGAUGGGGUAGUUAUUACCUCGAAUACAGACUCCAGGUACAUCCUGGGUCAGAUGAUGUCACCUACGGGGAUCGGAGUAGUAUCACAACUAAACAUAUCCAGAUCUAGAGUGGAAGACGGAGGGUUGUAUGCUUGUGUGGCGUACGAGGGAGAUUCUAAUACGAGACAUGCUGCUAGAAUAGAUGUCUAUGGACCACCUUACAUCAGAACUUUGCCACCAAUAAAAGUUCAAAGCGGUGAUUCCCUGAAACUAAGAUGCCCUUACUAUGGAUUUCCUAUCAGCAAACUAGAAUGGGAGUAUAAAGGCAAGAAAAUCAUCAGUUCACUGCUUCCACAACACACAAGAUACAAACGAACCAAUAUAAAUAGUAAAAAUCGUAAAAAUACGAGAAAAAGACGAAGAAAACGACAAGUUUUAGAAAGUAGUGAAGACGGGGUGCUUAGUAUAGAGAGAGUAUUAAAAGAAGGGAAUGGAGAAAUGUAUACUUGUAUUGUUUUUAGUCCAUCGGGUGAAAUGGCGAGAAGAUCUUUCGAAAUACAAGUAGUAGAAGCGCCAGAGUUAGAUGAACUGCGCGUUGGUUCUGGAUUAAAGGAAGGACAGAUUGUACAAAUUACUUGCAAUAUUAUUAGUGGGGAUCCACCAAUAUUUUUCUCUUGGCUGAAAGAUGGUAUGAAAAUCCCAGCUAGCUUGAAGAUAACCGAAAGGAGUUCAGAACUAUUCAGCGUUUUGAUCAUCAAAAGAGUGUCGCUAGAACAUUGCGGUAGAUAUACAUGUAUAGCCACUAAUCAUGUCGGAAAAGUCAACCAGACCACUGAUUUGUAUAUAAAUGUUGCACCAAAGUGGGUAGAAGAGCCGACGAAUACAUCUCUUCUUCUUGGUCAACGUGGUAUAGUUGACUGUAACGCGAAUGGAUAUCCUACGCCUCAGAUACAUUGGAUGAAAAGAGAUGCUGCCUUAGGAAUCUGGCGACCAAUUCUAGAUUUAGCCGGUGGUGGAGUAUCUAGCUAUCCAAACGGCUCUUUAUCAUUAGAGGUGGUCUCUCUAGCGGACGAGGGGGAAUACGCAUGCCAUGUGGACAAUGGGGUUGGGGAACCAUUGCACAAGAAUCUAUGGAUCAGUGUCAAUAAGCCGGUGCACUUCGAGUCCGUGGGCAUGAACCUGACCACUAAAAUGGGACUACCAAUGACACUUAUUUGUCAACCGCUAGGAGACAACCCUAUACGGAUAAAAUGGAGCUUAGAUGGAAAACCAGUGGAAUUCACAUCUUCAAGGAUCACAAUAUCAGAGACGGUAAACUCAAACGGUAUGAAAAGCACUAUCAAUAUAAAUUACGUGGAAGGGAGAGACGGCGGAACCUACGAGUGUAGAGCGAGCAAUCCUUAUGGUGUUGCUACGUUUAAUAUACGUUUAAAUAUAUUGGAACCUCCAACCCCUCCAAUGGACCUCCAAGUGGAUUCAGUAACCAGUUCGUCAGCGAAAUUGUCCUGGAGAGACACAAUUAUAUCACACGUUCAAUACUACAGCCUUCAAUACUCCUCCAACCAUUAUACUAUGUGGGACUCGGCUAAAACUAUUAACAUAACUAGACAAGAAAGUGACAUUCGUCAAAGCAUCGAGCUUCGCGACCUGCAGCCAGCAGUGGACUAUCGUGUGCGGAUUGCUUCUGGCAACCAAGUCGAUCUUAGCCCAUACACGCAAGCUGUACAUUUCACUACGUUACAAGAAGCACCAUCAUCAAGCCCUCUCGGGGUUCAAGUUCAACAGACAGACAACCCGGGAGAACUGUUCGUGUCUUGGAUACCGCCCACAAGGGAGACCCAUAACGGAGCACUGCAGGGAUAUCAUGUCAAAGCCGUGCCAAGGAUCAGUGGAGAAGCUGGUGGAAAUGAUUCUCAGACUAAAUUGGUGAAGGUAACAUCAAGGAAGGGAAAACAAGAGACGAUAUUGAGUGGUCUUCUAAAGAACACAAGGUAUGCAGUAUCAGUAAGCGCAUUCAAUUCUGCGGGAAACGGGCCAUUUUCUCUGCCCGUUUAUCAAACAACAAGAGAAGGAGCACCAGAGGAAGCUCCAUCAAGCGUGGAGUGUGUGGGAUCAUCUUCUUCAUCAGUGCGCGCGGCGUGGCGCCCGCUCGCCAACUCGCACUCCUUGUUGGGAUAUGUGAUGCAUUAUUGCACUGAUGAUGGUCCUUGGUUAAACGUUACGACGCCACACACAGAGUUGUAUCUUCAGGGCCUCCUCAAAUACACCAAUUAUACGAUAAAAGUCGCCGGUUUCUCUAACUAUGGCGUUGGACCUUUCUCCUACCCUGUGGUGUGCACUACAUUGCAGGAUGUUCCCGGGCCACCGGCAGCUAUAAAAGCAUUAAUAUCAUCUCCCACGUCCUUACUUGUGAGUUGGAAGAGGCCCGAUCAGCCUAAUGGAGAAAUCACUCACUAUACUGUUUAUGUCAAACCUGUUACCAGUACCAACGCUCCCCAAAGCUACCGAGUGGAACCAACACAAGAAUCGAACCUGUCACGUCAACUGACGUUCCCACUGUCCGGUCUGACCACGGGCAUGCAGUAUGAAGUGUUCGUUCGAGCUCACACCACCGCCGGAGAAGGUGCGCUCAGCAACAGGGUUCAUGUUGAACUUAACUCUAGAGUUGUAGCAGGCGUCGCUUCACUCGGUGGAGCAGUCUCAGUGGGAGUGGGGAGUUCUUUGCUGCUCGUGUGUCAGUGUGUGGGCUCGCCACCACCGCGCACCGUGUGGUACCACAAACACAACAUCAUCACACACCAUCCGCGAUUCACGAGGAAUCAUGACGACAGCUUGUUGAUUAACAACAUAGACCAAUCACUUAGUGGAAACUACACUUGUUUAGCCAAAAACUUGUACGGCUCGGAUUCGGUAUCAUAUGAAGUUUCAGUACUGCCCACGCCGGAACCGCCAGUAUUAAGGGUGACUUCACACAAGAACGCUUUGCAUUUGCUAUGGGACCAGCCCAGGAAAGUUGGAGGAAAAAAUCAAAAGAUCACCUACGAGCUAACGUGGAAAGAAGCAAACGGGAUGUGGCAAGACACGUGGUCGGACAAAGGCACAACUAUUCAGGGAGUACAAGAAUAUACACUAGAGGGUCUGAAAUGCGGUACAAAAUAUUCACUAAGGAUGACAGCAUCUAAUAGUGUUGGUUCGUCUCAGCCAGCGUAUGUUGAUGCCACUACUUUGGGCGGAGUUCCAAUAUCGCCAACGACAACGGAAUGGUUCUGGAGUAACUCAAGCCACAUCUACAUACAACUGAGCGGGUGGGAUGAGAACGGCUGUGAAAUUACGCGGUGGGAGGUUGAUUAUAGAGAGUAUGGAGGGAAAAUUUGGAGGCGAGCUGAAAAUAGACUGCCCCUACUUGACCAGUCGUGGAACCAUUACUCUCCAUCAAUCCUGAAUCAGCCGAACUCGUUCGUCAUAGCCGAGCUGGCGCCGGCGCAGUGGUACCAGAUACGCAUCGUCGCUGAGAACGCCGCGGGCAUAUCCACGUCGCUUUAUAUGUAUGCCACCACUACCAUACUUGGAGAAUCAAUCGGACCACCAUCCGACAACUUUGACAUAAACAUGCUAGUUAUAAUAUGCAGCUCAAUACUACUAUUAAUUUGCUUGGUUACAUGCAUGUACAUCCUAGUCAAGAGACACCACCACCAAAGACUAACGGAGUACAGAAACUCACUAACGGGCGAAUGUAAAUCGGAGCGAAGUAACGCAACGGUCAACACUCCGCAGAGCAUUCCCGCUGACGUCAACAACCGCGUCUACAGCACGCCCGUGCACCUCACUGCUGAUAAUAAACACGAGCUAUACGAAAUCAGUCCAUACGCACAGUUCGCGAUUGGUUUCCGCACAUUCGGCCACGUCGACAACCAGGAGGUUCCUACUCGGAUGCACCUCCCCGGAAAUAGCAAAGCUAGAUAUGAUAGCGAGACAAGUUUCCAAAUGAGAUCGGAAUCGGAGGAAAGCGAUUGCGUCUCAAGAACUACUACAUUGAAAAGUGCGCCAAGAAAAGCCUGUCGAGUGCCUCAUCACAGGUAGCCAUCGAACAGUAGGUAUAAAUAAAUAGAAGUGACAAGAAAACUAGUCAGAAAUUGAGUUAAAAGGUUGUGUUCAAUUUAUUACGAGAUACAUUAUAAUUAAAUACUAGUGUUAUAUUAUUAAAAUGUUAAGUACGUACCUAAGUAUUUUUUCAAAGACUAUGUUAAUUCUACGAACCCUUAUUAGGUAAUAGAACAUCUAUUAAUUUGCAAUAGCCAAAGAACAGAACCUUUUUAAAUCUAAAAUUUACCCUCUGGCAUGUUCCGGCUGUGUGAUGCCGUCGGCUUUACUUUUGUGAAAUCUGAGCUUCAUAUUAAAUAUCCCCGAACGAAGGAUAGUGUCAGUAAUUUUUUUUUUUUUUGUAUUAAGUAAAGCCUUUUAAAAAUAUUUUCGAUGUAGAUAUCGUCAAAUUAGACUUUGUCGAAAAAUAAUCCUAAUUACCUAAUGAUUUUAUAGUAUUAUUUACUAACUGCUCAUCAGGAAAUCUGCUGUAAGACUAUUUUUAAAUACGAAGUGUUUUUAAAACACGAUAGGUAUCACUAAAUUCACACUGCCGAUAUAUUUGAAAUAUGUCUUUUGUAUUGUUAAUUAAGUAAUUAUAAUAUUUUAUUGAAAAAUGUUUGUAAAAUAUUACGUGCACAAUUUUAUUGUAUUUAAGCUGAUUUUUUUCUAGUCUGAACAACAGUAUUAUUAAUACGAUCAAAGAAUAUGACGUACUUUUGUAUAAUAUUAUAAUAGAAGCGAUGGGAAUAUCUUUUAGAGGUAAUUUUGCUUCUAUAGAUACCUAAUAUUGUAGUGAAAAAUUAAUGUUUAUCUUCAAAAAGACUGAUUGUUUAACGUUUGUUUAUUAAUAAUGAUAAUUCAAACUUGUAAAUGUUCGAUUUACUAGAAAUAAAAUUUCGAAAAUAUAAAUGUUAGAACAUUGAA